UAUUGUCAUUUCAGAAAAAGCUGUCCACGGAAAAGAAAGGAUUUUUGUUUUUUGUUGUUUUAUUUUGUGCAAAACAAAAAAGUGAUUCUGUUUUAUUUUUAUGUUAGCUAAAUAUUUGUGCACGUUAUUUAUAUGUAAAACGCCUAAUUUAAACGCAACGAGAAUAGAAGAAGAAUUGCCUACGGAAAAGUGAAAAACGGUCGAAUGCAACUAAAAAUUAAGUUCUUAGCUGAAAGGCAAGGUGAAGAAAAAGUGACGGUGGAGCGACGACGUCGGUGAUCGAAAUUCAGUUAAAUAAAUCAAAGCAGUGGAUUUAAUAAUAAAGUUCUUGGUUUCAUUUGUGGGCAAUACGGUCGAGUCGUUGAAUAGAAUAAAUAAAAUAAAAACCGUUUAAAGUGGCAAGUGAUGGCAUUAGCGCGGAACUUAGCGGCCAAAAUAUAUGAGAUAAAAGCCCAUAAUGCGAAUGUGACAUGUCUCGGUCUUGGUGAAACCGGACGCGUCUUGGUUACUGGUGGCCAGGAUCGCACUAUUAAUUUAUGGGCCAUAGGACAGGAUGAAUGUUUUAUGUCUCUCACUAGUCACAACCGUCCUAUAGAUUGCGUGCGGUUUGCUUAUAAUGAUGAUUUCGUUUAUUCAGCCGAUGAUAUUGGUAUCAUUCGUCGAUGGGACCUGAACGCACAGACCAUAUGCUCUACGCUUAAUGGGCACAUGAAAAGUGUACGCACAUUGGACUUCAAUCCAUCAGGAGAAUAUGUAGUCUCCGGGAGUAAUGACACUACUGUCAGACUUUGGGAUGUGAGAAAUCAAAAUAAAUGCAUUAAGAUAUAUAGAGGCCAUAUUGCGUAUGUUAACUCAGUAAAAUUCUCUCCAGAUGGGUUGUGGAUAGCGUCCGCUGGGACGGAAGGAUCUGUUAUUAUAUGGGAUAUUCGCAAAAGUAAACAAAUCAAAGAUUUUACGGAGCAACCACCAGCUGCUGGUAUAACUUGUAUACAAUUCCAUCCAUCAGAGUUCCUUUUAGCAGUGGGUCGUGUUGAUGGUACAGUUAACAUUUACGAUUUAGAAAAUAACGAACGCAUAUUAAGUACAAACGCCUCAAGUCAAUUUUAUGGUAAUCCAGUAAAAUGUAUUACAUUUAGUGAAAAUGGCGAGUGUCUUUUUGUUGGCACAGCUGCCGGAAUAUCUGUGAUUGGUUGGGAACCUGAUCGAGAAUUUGACUAUAUUAAAUCUACUUGGACUGAGAUUGGAGAUAUUAAAGUAGUUAAGCGUAAAUUGAUAUGUGGUACCUACGAAAGCGAUACAGUUUCUAUUAAUGCUUUAAGUAUUGAUAGAGUAUUUCCAUUCUAUAAUCCCUCCAAUAUACCGAGUACAUUUAACUCUAAUUCCAGUGUGCGCAGAAGCUUUUCUCGUGGUAAUCAGAAACUACGCUUAUCGAUAGGUGGUCCAAAACCGUCCCGAGUAUUGGAAGAAAAUGAGGAUAAUAAAAGUCCUAGUCUUGAUGAACAAUCGUCCCCAAAUUUAAGUCUUGAGUUGGUUGACGAUACAAAUUUAGUUAUAACAAUGCCUCCUCCAAUACCUUCAUCUUCAACGCAUCCCUUAAAUGGUUAUGGCAACGGCAAUGGCAAUGGCAAUGGCACUUUGAGUGUCAAAACAAAUUUAAAUAACGCUUAUAAUAUAGUUACAAAUUUUGCACCUUCGAAAAGUGUUCCUAUGCCAUACAAUUUUCCUUCUAUACCAUCCAGCACUGAUUAUAACAUGAUUGGAAGCAAUGGUUAUAAUAGCUUACAUUUCGAUGGUCCUAGCUCAUUGAAAGUGCCUGGAGAACAUGGAAUGUAUCCAGUUGAUCGGAUAUUUGAAACGUUUGGGAAUGGUGUAGAAUAUAAUUUAAAUGAUAGUAAUACACCUAUUAUUUCUAAUUACGAUCAUAAUGAAAUGGCUGAAGAUUUUCCCGUUAAUCAAAACGUGCAUCAGCAGCAGAAUGUAGUCAGUUCAACAAAUGUAUCAUCGCAACAAACAUCAAAAACUACUAAAACUAAACAGAUCUCACAUAUACAAAAACGAAAUACACAAAAUGCCAUUUCUGGAUCAAAAUCUGCUACAUCAUCAUUUCAUAAUCGGAAUAAAUUUUCUCAAGUGUCUUCAGUAAGUACUACAGAUUUACAUAAAUUGGACGACAAUUUAUUAAUUAAAAAGUCGGCAUCCUCACAUAUGGUUGCCAAGGGCAGACGCAACACUGAUGCACAAUCGCAAAUAAAUAAAGAAAAUGCACGAAAUAAAAAUAUAACUGUUCAAAUUUUAACAAAACCACCAACUAGAUCACGAACAUCUUUCGAUUUACGUUCACCAGAAUCUGCAGCGGCACACAAGCAAUCACAUAGAAUUUCCAGUUAUACAUCGGAUACCAACAACACAACAAAUAUUCCUGUAAGUUAUCGUCCAGAUCCUUCGCUUUUAACUCAGUCUGGAGUUAAUCAGAAAAGUUUAAAUAAUCGUAAUGGAAUUGAUGAUAGCUCCGAAAUACAUAUGUUAUCAACCUCACAUGAACAGGUUUAUCAAGAAUUAAGUAAUCGGCAUGCGACCUUACAAUUAAUAAGAAACUCGACCAGAUCUCAUGAUGUGAUUGGGGCACUUCGACAAGCAAUCCAAAUGAAUGGACGGACUGUGUUUGUAGAUCUUUUAGGAGCAAUACUUGAAAAAACGUCAUCAUGGAAUUUGGAUUUAUGUUUAUUAAUUUUACCAGAAAUUUUUGAACUUUUGAAAAGUCAACAUAAAUUUCAUUAUACUAGAGCUUGUGAUACUUUAAGAGUGAUACUUUCCAAUUUCUUGCCAAUAAUACAGGAUAAUAUUGAUCCAUGGGCAGCAAAUAAUUUGGGUGUAGAUGUCUCUCGGGAAGAGCGUCAGCGAAAGUGCAUUGAAUGUCAGCAUUGGCUGCUGCAAAUUCGCAAUUUACCUGAAACCUCACAUUUCGGAACAUCUCUUACACAGCUACAAAGUUUGAUUGUAAACAUUUAAAAACCAUUAUUAAUAUAUAAGUUAAAUUUAAGUUUUCCA